UUUUUUAAGAAUUGUUUUGAAUAAUGCUGGAAAGGCAAAGUCAGUGUUCUGAAUCUGUUUACUUUCCAUUCUUUUGCACUCGUAAAUGCUAUCAGCAUUUAACCUCAUUGUUUAUUUGUGAUUAAUUAUUAUUUACAUGAUUAUUUGUACUUUAUUAAAGAAUUUAAGUAUUCCAAAAUGGUUUUGUGACGUCAACAAAAAUUUCAUUGCUAAAUUAGUUUUAAAAAAAGAAAAUUAUCAGAUUAGUCGACUAAUCGUAUAACCAGUCGGCUGACUAAUCAGGAGAAAAUUUGUCGUUUAGGAUAGCCCUAGUGUACCGGAAAAUAUUUACUCCACACCUUUCUCACCUUUUUAACCCCUGACCCAAGAGGGCCCCUGGAUAUGUUCGCCUUAGGCCCCAAAAUUGCCAAGUCCGCCACUGUCUACGCUCUCUGUUUGAACUUUACGAUGCGACGAGAUAACGCCUCAUCCCUGACAUGGACGCGACCUUGGGCACGGCGACAUCCCCCGAUGCCGCGCGCUGAUUGGCGGCGCGGCGGCACAUCCUACCGUGUAUAAUAUAGUAGUGACCGUCAUUUACGUGUGAUCACUAAUCCAACUCGUUUAUCAUGGGAAAUCAUGAUUUGUCAGUUGGCAGACAUGACAGAGCUCACGAGCGUGCUAUGACGUGUUAGCGUGUACACUAAAAAAUAGUUGUCAUAUUUAUGUUUUAUUCUUUUUCCAUAGAGGCAUUAGAAAAAGGAGGGGGGCUCUUAUGAGCGUGGUCAAAAGGAGAGCCCUUUCCUGAUUGGGUGAAGCAGGUCCUCCCUCCCUCCCCCCUUUUAAAAGUGUCCUUUCUCACCUGAUUUACAAAAUAGCCGCAGCCACGAGAGGCUUCACUUCUCUGUCACCGUCUGACUACUAAAUAUAUUUUUAAGAAGAAAAAAGAAGCGGUCAAUAUUGUUUUUUGUAGGAAUCUUAUGCACGAAAUCAAAUUAAGGGGGAAAACAUACAGGAGCAUAAAGCUGUUUGCCGACCGGUGACCUUCAAAGUAAAAAUUUAGAAACACAUCCUACCCAUAAACGCAAUGCCGGGAGUCGUGGAUCGGAUGGAGCUGAGGAAAGUCGCCACAGAGGCCGACGACGACAGCACGGACAGCUUGGAUGACCGUUUCGCUGACACCAUCGAUUCGGAAAAGGCUACUAUCAACAGUCAGUUCCUGGAUGACAUGGAUGACGGAGAGAGCCAGAAGUUUCUGACCAAUGGAAUGAUGAAGAAGAAGAAAUAUGAAGAGUACCAUGAAGAAUAUCAUCCGGGCCAUACAUCCUUUGGAAUGUCGGUCUUCAACUUAAGUAACGCCAUAAUGGGCAGCGGCAUCCUAGGCCUCUCCUACGCCAUGGCCAACACUGGCAUUAUACUAUUUACACUCCUACUCAUCGCUGUUGCCGUCCUGUCUUUGUAUUCUGUGCAUCUGCUUCUGAUGACAGCUAAAGAGGGAGGAUCCCUCAUCUAUGAAAAGCUAGGAGAAAGGGCAUUCGGGUGGCCUGGAAAAAUAGCUGCAUUUGGAUCUAUUAUCAUGCAAAAUAUUGGAGCCAUGUCAAGCUACCUCUUUAUCGUCAAAUACGAGCUGCCAGAAGUUAUUCGGGCUUUCUUGGGUUUAGAAGAAAGUUCCGGUGAAUGGUACCUUAACGGAAACUACCUGGUGAUCUUUGUAUCCCUCGGCAUUAUUUUUCCCUUGUCUCUGCUUAAAAACCUGGGCUAUCUGGGCUACACAAGUGGUUUUUCGCUUUCCUGCAUGGUGUUCUUCUUGGGAGUCGUGAUCUACAAAAAAACUCAGCUACCGUGCCCUCUGCCAUUCCUGGACAACCCGUCGGCCAACCUAAGCAUGAACUCCUCGCAGAUGGCGGGCUUGUACUCGUUCCACAACCGCUCGGCGCAGAUGGACUUCUCCCGGGCGGACGUGUCGCCGGCGGUCACAGAAAUUCACCCCGUCCACGCCGGCGUCCACGUCGAGCCGCACCACGACGAGGACAUGUGCACGCCCAAAUACUUUAUCUUCAACUCGCAGACUGCCUACACUGUCCCCAUCCUGGCCUUUGCCUUUGUGUGCCACCCUGAGGUGCUGCCCAUCUACAGUGAGCUAAAAGAUCGCAGCAGAAAGAAGAUGCAAAACGUCUCCAACCUGUCUAUCUUGGCGAUGCUCGUUAUGUAUAUGAUGUCGGCACUAUUUGGCUACCUCACUUUUUACGAAAACGUGGAGGCUGAGCUGCUUCACACCUUCACCAAGGUUUACAAGUUUGACACCCUGCUACUCUUGGUGCGCUUGGCUGUGCUCACAGCCGUCACGUUGACUGUUCCUAUUGUGCUUUUUCCGAUCCGUUCGUCCAUCACAACUCUGCUAUUCAGCGGCCGAGGGUUCAGCUGGCCUCGCCACAUGCUAAUCGCCGCCUGCAUCUUGAUCUUCAACAACAUGCUAGUCAUCUUCGUCCCGACUAUCCGAGACAUCUUCGGCUUCAUCGGUUCCUCGGCAGCUACUAUGCUCAUCUUUAUCCUCCCCGCGGCCUUCUACCUCCGCUUGGUGAAGUCGGUACCUCUCCGUUCCCCUCAGAAGAUCGGGGCGGCCGUCUUCCUAGUCGUGGGAAUCGUCUUCAUGAUUGGCAGCCUGUCACUCAUAGUCCUCGACUGGAUCCACAAUCCACCUGGUUCCAGUGGGGGGCACUAAAUGCAGCACCCGACCUCCGACCUCCCCUGAGCAACAUCUGGGGAGACGCCUCAGUCCCUUCUUUAACACAUUUACAACAAUAACCGGACAUAUCAAAAUGUUCUUCCGACUUUUCAGAUGGGUUUUGCUGUAUUUUAUCGGGUUUUUGUUGUGAAAAAAAAAGUCCGAGAGGCAAGCAGACACUCGAACGCAUCGGUAUUCCUGAGGCUGUACGAAUGAAUUCCGCGCACUUGAAUGUGACAUUCGGGGUCGGAGUCUGCGGCCCUCCCGAAAAACACGGAGCACUUCUCGGCAUCACUUUGUGGCGUACGACUUAACACAUGUACACUCGCGGACAGUCAGAGUCUUUUGCUGCUCUCUUCAAUGUGAACAAUCGAGAAAAGAGGCUUGCCAAAAUCUGCAUGCACACUAUCAAUAACGCUAGUGGACCGGUUUAACUUUCGCCAUCAACCGAGCCUGAAGCUGAAUCUUUGACUACACGAAACAUUGGAGAUGCUUCUAGUAUUAUAGUCACAGAUUUGAACAGUAUAUGUAUAUAAUUGUCUACUGAAUCGGUGAAUGUUGUACAUAAUACGGAGAAUCUGCUUCAGGCACUUGAUGCCAACUAAAAACAAAGCAUGGUAUUUUUUAUUAACACUUUGUACAUGAAAUGAUUUGUUAAGAUGCAGUACGCAAUGGCCUAAUCAUGGAAUUAGUCAAAUUUCUUAUUAGUGCCAUAUUUGGGAGGAGUCAUACUUUUGAUACGCAAAUUAUAACAGAAGUGUUGGGAAAGGUCAAGCACGUUGAUUGUGAUCCGAAGCUUAAUCCGUGACAUUCAUGGAAUUAAUUUGAUUGACUUACAAAAGUUAAAAAGUACUGGUGCCUUCGUGAAUUCGCCGUAUUUUUUGGACUAUGGGAGUAUAAGUCGCACUACCCAAAAAAAAAAAAAAGCAAAAUGAAGAAGGAAAACAACAUACAGUGCACUCCAUAAUUAUUGGCACCCCUGAAAAAGUUGUGUUUUUUAGCUUCUAAUAUAUAUUUUUUUUUAAUUCAAAUAAUAUGGGACCUUAAUGGAAAAAAAGAGAAAAAUCCAACCUUCAACACAAGUGCAUUCAUUCAGUGGGAAAAAAAAUCCAACAUAAAGAAAAAAAUUAUUUGACAUCAAAUAAUGUGUGUCACAAUGGCGUACCACAAGCAACACGUCACUUCCACUCAUUAAUAUUCAUGACAUUAGCUACUGUUGCUAAGUAAGGACAAGCCACCGUUUGUCCCUAAUAGGAAAUGAAUGGAAAUCGUGUACGACGGAGAUGUUUAUAGAGCAAAAUCUACCAAUUCUCUCCGAAAAUGAUGUGCCUGGUGCCAAGUUCACUGGCAAAGAUGUGGAAGAACAUAAAAAUGUUCAGUUAAAGAGAUGGCUUUAGUGUCGAAGGCUAAAAAAGACAAAAAAAACGAGCCAACCUAAGCAUAGCGUUAGCUUUUUUAUCGAAGCGACUGACAAUGACAUUCUCCUGUUACAACAAGCUAUCCUUUACCAUCAGCCCUGUCUUUCUUAUAUAUCCUCUGGUUGUCCUACGUCUCUUACCGUUCUUGGGGGUAAUUUAGUUAGCUUUGUGUUGCGAUCGCAAAUGCUACUCAGUGACAGCCAACGAACACUUUUAAUUUUUUCAUGAUAACACAUCUUAAUCCUAUAAUUUAUUAACACUUCCCCCCACUAAUGUUGUUUAUAUAUGUAUAUAUAUAUAUAUGUAUAUAUAUAUAUAUAUAUAUAUAGAUACCAUUGUAAUUCUUUUCAGGUCAUUCAUUGUCAGACAGAAGCAGUACGGCACAACGUUACGCUAAAAAAAUAAGUUAAAAAUAUAAAAAUGCCUUACCUCUUUGUCCUCUGCAAGACCAUGCCAACCCAACAUAAUGUUUACUGCAUAUGAAAUGUGAAUGGAUUCACCGAGCUGGUAUUAAAAGUCCGCGCAAGUUGAUUCGGUCUUCACAUUUUUUCCUCCCGAGUUUUUGGUUUCCGGAAACGUAUGAAGAAAACAUCCUUCAUGUGUCGUAAUGUCUAGAGUCGUUUCUACAAGUUCCCAAAAAGCAAUGCGUGAUCGGCAUGUUCGUUUUUGAAAGAUUACCGGAGAAAAGUAGCACUAAUUACGUUGGGUCUAUGCGAGGGCGGGUCUAUAACGUCCCACUUCGGCUUUACUUCCACUUUACGAUGCGACGUCACGGUCUAAAAAUAGUGCGGUACGCCAUUAUUAGCACCCCUGGUGUUAAUACUUUGUACAACUCCCUUUUGCCAACAAAACAAGGUCUGGGGACUGAGACGGCCAUGGGAGGAACUUGAUUUUGUGUCUGGUGAACCAUUUCUGUGUAGAUUUGGCCAUAUGUUUAGGGUCAUUGUCUUGCUGAAAGACCCAGUGACGACCCAUCUUCAGCUUUCGGGCAGAGGGCAACAGAUUUUGAUUUAAAAUGUCCUGGUAUUUCAAAGCAUUCAUGAUGCCAUGCACCCUAACAAGGUUCCCAGGGCCUUUGGAAGCGAAACAGCCCCACAGCAUCUCUGACCCACCCCCAUACUUCACAGUGGGUAUGAGGUGCUUUUCAGCAUGCGCAUCUUUCGUGCCACGCCAGACCCACUUAGAGUGUUUGUUGCCAAAAAGCUCAAACUUGGUCUCCCACGCUCUCCCAAGCUUCAACUGGGACCGUGUGCUUUGGUCAGAUGAGACAAGGUGCCAAUAAUUAUGGAGCGCACUGUAAGUCGCAUUGAAUUAAUGUAAAAAUCAGGGAUUCCUAUUUUUCCAAUGAUGCAUUAUCGUAUUAAAGUAGUACAAGAGUACAAGAAUAACAAACAUGACAUCUUCAUAGUUGUUCAGAUAACCAUGGCCCAAACAACACGCAAACUAUGGAGGGAAAAAAGUGUGACUUAUAGCUCUUAAAAUACAAUAAUCAGCAUGUUUAACUAUAUAAAUAGAAAUUGGUUCAUCUUUUGAAUUCGUGCCUUUCCAGAUGUCAAUUGGCUUUUAUUUACUGGUGCCUUUAACUUAUUCACUGCCAUUCAAAGCAAUAGAUGUCCAGUUAAAUGGAUCGGACUUCUAUCGUCGUCGAUGGCAACGAACGAGUUAAUAAUGACAUUGAAUUCUCUCUGUGUCACAUGCAGCCAAAGUGGACAACCUUUACAGAUCCUUUGCGGAUCUAAAUACGUGAAGAAAAUAGAUAUUUCAAGUGAAAUAGUGUUAAUAUGCAUGUUUCUUUUUUGGGGAUAACACAAGGUCUUUUUGGACAGUUGUAUAUGUUCUGUAAAUAAUCUUUAUUUUAUUGUACACUGCGAGUCUGCAAGUGCAUUUUUGGAGAAUACCUUCUGCAAUCCAAUGUUUGUUUUAGUAUAUAUAAAUAUGUAUAACAUGAAUUAGACUUGUUUUCAUGCUGUAUGACAGUAGUCCCUCCCUCCUAUUCUUGUAUAUUUGUAGAAAUAUUGUUCAUCUUUGUUUUGACGUUGAAUGAUUAGAAUUGGUUUUCACUGAACAUCACGCAGUUCUCUAGUUUACUGGUUCAAGAUGAGUCUACCUGUGAGCAACACUAAGGCGGAAAAGGUUUUACCAGGUUCCGCCAGGACAAUCAAUGCUCUGAUCUCACUGUGCAUCAACUGCUGCCAACACUUGGGAGGUAUUACUUGAACCUUGGAAAGCUUUCCACAGGCCUUUAAAACUCAAAACACAUCAUAAACAAAUGGCCCACUUGAUGGGUGCAAUUUAACUCGAAAGAAAAAGGAUAUUUCUGAAUAGUGACGAUUGUGUUUUUCUUUUUUUUUUUUCAUCCGUGCCGAUAAAGUAGCUCAGGAAUUGUAAAAAGUUCCCAUCUCGCACCGGCCGAACGCUGAACACGAUGCAUUAUGCACCUAGUGGAAGAUAAUGAAAUUUGUAAUUGUACCCAUUCAAAGGGCAUGUUUUUGUAUCAAUGGUGCCGUUUCAUUAUGAUGAAGAAUAAAAAAAAAAAGUGGAAAA